GGAGUGGCUCUGUGGGGAGGUGCUUGGAGUGGCUCAGUGGGUAGGUUGUUGGAGUGGUUCAGUGCACAAGUGGUUAUCGGGUGCCUGAAAUUUCAUAGAUGAAAAUUGUGAAGUGUGAAAAAUUGAGUUGUUUUGUUUGUCAUGAAGGUUCUCGCAGUAGUUUAUGCCGCUCGGCACUGGCAUCACUACCUGCACGGGGCACCGUUCAUGCUACGUAUCCGCGCAGUAGCAGAGUUCCAUGACCAGGCAGCCGCCGGUCAUAUGGGCUUCCAUAAGACGUUGGCUCGUGUGAGCCGCCUGUACGUCUGGCCGAAACGCAAGGACUUUGUGAAGGACUACGUCGCAGAGUGUCCCACCUGUCAGGAGGUGAAUAGUGCGAACCACUUGCCUUAUGGCUUGCUCCAGCCUCUUCCUAUCCCUGAGGGUCGUAGGCAGUCCAUAUCGAUGGACUUUAUCGGUCCCCUUCGUCCUCUGACCCCUCGCGGUCAUGAUGCUAUCCUGGUCGUCGUCGACCGCUUCACGAAGCGUGCACGCUUUGUUCCGUGCCGCUAUGCCAUCAGUGCACGUGAGGUCGCCGACAUCGURUUUGACCGAGUCGUGCGUGACCACGGCUUACCUCUGAGCAUCAUAUCUUACCGUGACCCGCGCUUUACCAGCCGAUUCUGGCGACGGCUCCACGAGGUGUACGGCACUCAGCUCCGCUUCUCCUCGUCUUACCAUCCUCAAACUGAUGGUCAGACCGAGAUCACGAACAGGACUCUCGGAGAUAUUCUCCGAAAGAUUGUUCGUGACGAUCAGCAGUGGGAUUUUCAUCUUGCCCACGCGGAGAUAGCCUACAACCACGCCGUCUCGCCAGCCACGGGGAUGUUGCCUUACUAUUGCGACCUCGGCUAUCACCCUCGUGUUCCCGCGGACUUCCUUCGACCGUCCCAGCUGCACCCCGAAACGAGUUGUCCCGCGCUGGAUGAUUGGGUUGCACACAUGACGUCGAUCAUGAAGACCGCACAUGAGCACAUAGCCGCUUCCCAGACUCGCAUGGCAGCACGUGCGAACCGAUCGAGAAUGGAUCAUCCAUUCAAAGUCGGUGAUGAUGUGCUUAUCGACGUCCGUCACUUACAGCUCGAAGUGGACAUGCUUCGCAAGUUUUGGCGUCGCUUCUUUGGCCCAUGCCGCAUCCUCCAGGUCGUCGGUUCUGAUACGGCAUCUAGCCCGGUCAGCUUUCGUGUGAAGCUGCCCGACUACCUACGCCAGGCUCGUGUGCACGAUGUCUACCACGUCUUGUUACUGCGUCCUUACCGCAGACCGUCUGAGCGUUUCGCUGGACGACCAUACGAGCGCCCUCCACCCAUCAUGGUGGACGGCCACGAGAAGUUCCUCGUUUCAGACAUCAUUGGUUGCCGGGUCACCGGCGGUAACCCUCCCCACGUCGAGUAUCUCGUACGUUGGAAGGGUUACCCUGAUGAGGAGGCUACCUGGGAGCCCCUCGAGCACUUGCAGCACGCUCGCAUAUUGGUGCGUGCCUAUGACCGUGCUCGUCGUGCUGGGUUCACUGCUCCUCCUCAGCCCACUGACCCUCCUCCUUCUCCCCCGGCUGAGGAGACCGCUGAAGUCGAGCCUGCUCCAUCUAAGGCAGACCUUCUGCAGCAGUCGGAUGCUUCUGAGCGUCCACAGCGCACUCGUCGUCGUCCUGCUCGAUACCACGAUUGACUCUGACUUACCUUCCCACGUC